ACCAUAUAGCUCGAGACGCCAAGCUCCUUCGGAAGUCAGGCGAAGAUAUCACUUGGGCAUUGCGCUGACUGCGGAAGAAUGACUCUUUCACGGUGAAACAUAGUUUGAAGUCUCACAGGCCAGCUUCUACCUAUACAUCUGCUGCGUAUUGAGGGUUACCAUGGCUACUGAAGCACCUGAUCCGCGCACGUUCAAGAGCUGGGAAGAUGCUUUCGAAUACCCAGUUCCAGUCGUUCGUAAGCUGGAAGCUCAGCUGAGAUCCAGUGCAAACGACAAUCGAGAACGAUUGCGGUCUCUAGUGGGAGCGAGCUAUCGGGAUCUUCUAGGUACGGCAGAACGUAUUGUCGACAUGGAUCAGACCAUGGGACAGGUAGAAAACGCCCUUGCUCAGAUAGGUACUCAUUGCAGUUCUGGUUUGCUGGAAAAGGUCACCAGUAACUACGCCAUGAUCGAUCAACAUUGGAGAACGCAAAGAGAACACCAGAAUGCAUUUGCCUCGCAGCUGGCUAUGCUACAAGCGUGCCCUACUGUCAUCGCUAGACAACUCAAGCAGGGAGGUUCGCUCCUCCUCGCAUCGAAGAUCCUCGUACUCUCACGACUUCUACACAAAGCCCUUACUCAGUCGUCGAGCACUUCUCCGCUAAGUGAACGAGCCAAGGAACGACUAGGCUAUUUGCGCGGCAGGCUCAUUAGUCGUAUCAGCAAGCAAUGUUCUGAUCCAACAUUGGAAACUGAAGCAUUGAUUGAUAACUUAUGUGCUUACUCCCUCGCAACUUCAUCCACGCCCACAAAUGUCCUGAAUAGAUUUCACCAGGUACGUCUAGAAUCGCUCAAUGGGCAGUUCGAUCACAAAACAGAUAUCCAAGAUCAUAUACUCAAAGCUCUGAAUAUUUGUGUAACAACACUUCAUGAAACACGGGCAAUAUUUCCCCGGCAGAUAUCGCAGGCAUUGUUAAAGCUCAAAGCACGUCCGCUGAUACAGGCGUCAGAUGUGCAGGCCGUGACAGAGCUGAAUUUGCCCAUACAUCAAAGAUGGUUAGCAGAUGAAGUCCGCAACUACACACCAUGGUCUCGACAUGACGAGUUGAAUGGAAUUGACGUAGAACGACUGACGAAAGAGUGGGCUCGCCAAGCCAUGAAAGCUUUUGUCACUGGGUUAGACAAGGUUCUUUCUAAGAUUUCCGACCUACGUAAAGUCGUCAAACUCAGACAAGACAUUCUUGAGACGUGGUUCCCUGCGAGCAGACGUGCGCCUGGGCUCGACCCACAACGUGUGCUUGAUCAUCUACGAGACGUGUUGAACAAGCACACCAAGUUGAUCGCCCAGCGCGACGUCUUGAAGCUGAGCUCUGUCACUGAUGCAAUCGGUGACUAUCUAGAACAUUGGAAUGGGGAUGUUGUCAAGACCGCGCCGCUUUGGAGUCUUGGAAUUGACUACAUCGACCUAAGCGAUGGAGCCGAAGGCUUCAAGAAAUCUGUGAUCGAGAGAGGCCGUGGCCGCAGCCAGCCAGUAGAGCAGAUAAUUGCCACAUACGACGCAUGGGCAGACUCUGUUGCCAACGUACGUCGUGUCAUUAGGGAGAUGAGAGACUUGAGAUGGGAUGAUGACUUUGAUGACGAUGAUGACGAUGAAAUGGAACUAGAUUCGAAACAGACACUCCUCAGCCAGGAUGAUCCCCGGAGCAUCGAAGAAGCGUUGUACGAGAGCUCAGAACAAGCUCUGUCUCAAAUACGGAGAGACCUCGAGAGCAUUGCAGAGCGCAUAGUUGCUCAUGAGGACACUGAAAGUAGGGUUGGGCAGACUAUCUUCGUGUUGCGGACUCUGCGGGAGGUUAGUCAACGUCUGCCCAAAUCUGCUGCAAGCACGCAUCACGAGUCGCAUCUGGUUCCAGAAAAGGCCUUACAGCUUCUCCAUCAGACUGUCGCGGCAUCGGUCAUUGUAAAACCACAAGAUAUCUACAAGGUGCUGCUUAACAGAUUUGUUCGCCGUAAAGUUAUUUCUGGCCGUCAGUUAUGGGAAGGGAACCCAGCGCUACCAUCGUUCCCCUCCCCAGCCACAUACAAGUUCCUACAUGCAUUAUCAUCGAGCAUGACCAUCAUUGGCCCUGAUAUUUGGUCGCCAGAGGCAGUCAAAGUAUUAAAAGAGGCUUCGAAUCAGAGUGCUGUAGAGGCGUUGAAACGUUGUGCACGACAGGUUAUCUUCGAAAGUGAAUCGGAGAAAUUGAAAGCAGAUUCCAGUGAGGACGAUCUGCAACCUAGUAUCGACGAAGCAUCUCAUGCGAGUCUUGAGGAUAAAAAGACUCGCAUGACAAACAAACUUUUACAGCUGAUCUUCGAUAGCUGUUAUUUGAGCCAGGCUCUCUCCAGUCACAAUUCGACGGCUUUGCUAGGUGCUGCGGACAUGGAUCAACAAGGCAUCAGUAAGGCCAUGUUCGACCAGAUCGCUAGGAAUGCGACCGAGUAUUGGAAGAGGACGUAUCUCAUGUUUGCAUUGUUAUCAUGAGUGUUGUGUCUCUUUCUCUGAGCAAUGUCGAAGCCGAAGUAGAGAAAGCCGCUUUCAGACUGCUAGGUGGGGAAGCUGCGGAUGUGGUGGCGCAGUGCAUGCAUACAUGGGCGGUGCACGGCAAGACAUCAUUAAUAUAAUUCGAGGCUAUCUAGAAUUUCGAAUCCAAGUCUGAUCGCGAUUUCUGAACUCUAAUGCCCUUACUCUGCGACUUCAGGACUUCUUGAACUUUCACUGCUGCAAGGCGCAGGAAUGUCAAC